AUGAUUGUCACGGCAGCCAGUUCAAGCUUGGAAUUGGAAUCCUGCGAGGUUGCCUCGGGCAGCUGUGGCGGCUGCUUUGCAACCGGCCGGGGCUCCAACUUCUGCGUCGGUUUUGUGACCGAGGCGACCGAGGACUUCGCCUACAAGAUCGGCGGUGGCCGCGCGAGCCAGGGCGUGUCUGGUGCUGAUUUGGCCGUCCUCGACACCUCCGAGAGUUAUCGGCGAAGCGAUGUGCUUCGCACAUUGAUACAAAAGCCGGAUAUCUUCCGGCCCGAGACGCGCGAGCAAGAAGUGGAGCAAUGGAGCGAAUGGAAGCACAUGAUCAAGAAUUGCCUGUCGGUGGCGGACACAAAGAUGCUUGAGGACAUGGAGACCAUCGAAGCUACCCCGACGUGGCCCUCCACGGUGGAUGGAAUGGAUAUGAAUGGAUGUGUUUCCUCUAAGAAUGGGUUCGAGGCCUGGAGGGUCUUGGUGGGAGAAAUGCAACCAGCCACGCGACAGCGACAACUUGCUUUGAUGUCGCAGAUGGCUGGCGUCCGGUUUGAUGCGCACCGCAGCCUGGCCGAGCAGAUCGUGAAGUACGAGGAGCUCAUAAAGGAAUAUGAGAGUGUCUGGGGGAACGUAUCCAGACGAUCUUCGAAUAAGUCGGUCAUCCAGGCUGCUCCCGCGAACCUUCAGACCCAGCUCCAGCUGACGAUGGACGAGAGUACGGACUACAAGGCCAUCCGCGAGAAGCUGUUGGCAUAUGAAAGGGCCAGCACGCGCUGGCAACCGUUUUCUGGCUUCGCCCUCCCGGCCGUGACUACCCAGGGCGCGCUCAACCAGGGCGGCCCCACCGACAUGGAGAUCGACCGCGUCGAGAAUGGCAAAAGCGGCCAAAAGGGAGGCAAGCCUAGCGGCCACAAAGGAAAGAAGGAUAUCUCCGACAACGAUGCGGUGAUGGACUUCUACGACGAUUUCCCGGAGGAGCCAGCCAUUCGAGCCGCGAGUGCUCGGGCCCACCCCGUGUGGAGGCUCUCCGACGCCCAAGGCCAUGACAUCCCCGCGGAAGCCUUGCGGCGAUAUGCCUUUGAGCUGCGAGACAACAACGGGGCGGCAGCUUGUUUCGGAGGAGGAACCUGGAUCCACACAGGGGGAACCGGGCCGAGGAGCAUGACUCUCCAGUCCCCAGCCGGCCUUCGCGCACCAGUGUCCUUCAAGCACAACUCUUUGAUCGUGCGGGGCGAGGUCUGCACAAUCACCGAAGUUCCCCACACCCUCCUGCCGAAAGUUCCCAAGAUGACCUUGUCUGCUGAGAUGGAAGCUUUGGUUGGGAACGAGGGCAUGCACUUGUUGGGGAAUGGCAUUAAGAUGCAUUGCGGGGGCGACCGACUUGAUGGACCCCCGGCCGUGGUACGACGCUACCCUCUAGGCCAGGACCACGCUCUUUCGCACGAGUGCUGGGUUUUGGCUUCAACUGGAAAACUCGGCGCCGGCUACCUCAAUGAAAAGAACCCGUUCACCUUGGCUACCAAAGUGCCAAGGCCAAGGAUCACGCUCAUCGGCAUGGAUGCCUUCGAGCGAGGAGAACCUCCAGAACGACCCACAGACGCCAGGACCCAGGAGAACCAGCAGAACGACCCGCAGAACGCCCAGGAGAACCAGCAGAACGACUCGCAGGCCAAGAUGCGGCCUGCAUCCGGACACGAAGCCGCGGCGACCGGCACAGCCAUGCAGGGAUCCAACAAAGAAGUUCGGCCGCCCAUUUUGCAAGUCGACUUCAACUUUGCGUCGCUGGAGGAAGGUUGUAGAGGGGUCGAAGUCAUUGUGGUUCCCAAGGUCUCUCGUCCACAGGACUUUCACGAGUGCAUCCACAAAGGAGUUGGGCCCAUAUUGCCAUUUGGUAAGAUCUUCUGA